AAUUGAAAGAACAUCCAAAUACCAACCGUACUAUGUCUUUAAGUCGCGAAGAUUCCGUCUACUUGGCUAAGUUGGCUGAGCAAGCCGAACGCUAUGAGGAGAUGGUAGAGAAUAUGAAGGCGGUUGCGUCCUCUGGGCAGGAAUUGUCGGUGGAGGAGAGAAACUUGUUGUCGGUGGCUUACAAGAACGUGAUCGGUGCGCGCCGUGCGUCGUGGCGGAUCGUUUCCUCGAUCGAGCAGAAAGAGGAGGCCAAGGAGAAGUCGGAAUACCAGGUGAAGUUGAUCCGCACCUACCGCUCCAAGAUUGAGUCAGAGUUGACCAAGAUUUGCGACGACAUCUUGUCCGUGUUGGACACGCAUUUGAUUCCGUCUGCGACGACUGGCGAGUCGAAGGUGUUCUACUACAAAAUGAAGGGCGACUACCACAGGUAUCUGGCUGAGUUCUCCUCGGGUGACGUGCGCGAGAAGGCCACCACGUCGUCUUUGGAGGCGUACAAGUCUGCCUCCGAUAUUGCUACGACUGAGUUGCCACCUACCCACCCGAUCAGGUUGGGUCUAGCCUUGAACUUCUCUGUGUUCUACUACGAAAUCCAGAACUCCCCAGACAAAGCCUGUCAUUUGGCCAAGCAGGCGUUUGACGAUGCCAUUGCUGAACUAGAUACUUUGUCGGAGGAAUCUUACAAGGAUAGCACUUUGAUCAUGCAAUUGUUGAGAGAUAACUUGACCUUGUGGACUUCCGAUAUGUCCGAGGCUGGUCAAGAGGAGCAGCCAGCUGAUGCUCAUGAAUGA